AAUUGUAGUACAACAACAACAUUACCCCAGUGCUUCUACAGCUCCCGCACAUUGUGGGGUAAGGGGGGUCGGAUACGCAGUCUAACCCCUAUGUUUAAAACAUAGUGUGGCUGUUUCUAGAUGACCAAUGUUGAACGUCGAAAGUUGCAUUGACGAACUGCUACUUCACAAUUACUAGAAGCGCUGACAGUUUAGAGAGCCAAUUUGCUUUAUUCCAUCAUACCCCACAGCCAAAAAAUAGUGAAUCUUUAGGGGAAUGGAAAUUCUGUUAUAAUUGUAGUAUAGUAAAUUUAAGAAUAUGUGUAUAAUACAACAGUUUCAAAUGCUUCUCUUGUUAAGUUCAAGAUAUGAUGGGCACAAGAUGUAAGUUAUGACCUACAUAUAAUGUGUCCAGUGCUGAUGGUGCUAAAAGAGUCAUUAUUGACAGUGGUUUAGCUUUUGGUACAUAAUCGGCUAAAUCAAAAUGAAGUAUUGACCUUCCUUUGCUUUUUACCCCGUGAGAUGUUUUGGGUUUUAAAUGAAUCGAGAGUCUAACAAAACUACCCUCUGUUUUUUACAGGACUGACGCUGUUGUUGAUUUUGGUUUUGUAUUUUUCUGGUGGGUAGAAUGUCCUAGAGUUACAAUUUAACUUGUAGGUAUUAUGUAUACACACCAUUUUUUGAAAAUAUACUAGUAAAAAUGGUAGGCAUGUUUGGUUUUUUGUAGUAGCCCUUCGUUAGCUUUUAUGUUCUUUUGGGGUGUAUUUGGGGUGGGGCCUGGGGGUGGUGGAGGAAGGAAAAUUAUUUCCACACCUCAUUUGGUUCAAAACAUUUUUUGGGUGGGAGAACCAAAAUUUUUCCACUCCUCUCCUCCCAAACACACCCUUGGGCGUUGGGGAACUCUAACAUUCUGAAUCUACUAUUUUUGUAAUUAUUUAAUAAAGUUAAUUUUAUUUUCUUACUUUGGAGAACCCGGAAUUUCCAAGACCCAUAUUUUAUAUUUUUAACCAAAAUGACACAUCAAACUUCCAUUGCUUCUUAUUUUCUAUGAAACUUUGGGUAGUAAAUGCACCUAUGUAUCAAAGGUGGAUAUUGAGACCCUAACCCCUCUCUCUUAUUACAGGGGUAAGGUUGUGUUCAUAUUGACACCCUAACCCCAAUGGCGUUGGGAUUAAACUGGGUUUGUUAGUUUUAAAACUAUAAUAACAUGCGUACAUUUAUCUGCAUAUCACUGGGUUAAAAUGAGGUGACUACCGCAUAGAUUUGCGUGACCGUGUUGACCUUCCUUCCUGCCUAUAAAUUAAGCUACUGGUGGUUGAUCUACAGAUAUCCAUUCAUAAAUCAGCUGGUUAGGACGUGAAGCAGAUACACAGAUCAAUACACAAAUCAUCUCCAAAGGUGGUACUUGGGAGUCGUGUCAUGUGCGCAUUUCAUGUGAACAGGUUUUGUUUUCCAACCACAAUUUUAGCCAUGGAAGGUGACUAUCCUGAAGUUCCAAUUGAGAUGACCAAGCUUUUCCAUCGAAUUGACCGUGAACUUUAUUCAGCCCUGGUUUUCAAUCUCCAGUGCAACCCAAGGGCAUCUAUGCUCGCAAUUGCCUUCUGGAUUUGGCUGGAACACAUCACUUUAGAGAAUGUUGUGACCAAAAUAUUGUUGUCGUCGUCCUUGGAAAUGAUCAAUGGACUCUUCAAUGAAGCGGUGAUCUGCCUUGGAUGCAUUGCAAACACCAUGUGUUAUUUCUCUCAUACAUCAAGUGAGCUUUCACUCACUCAACAUCUUUUGGGACAGCACUUGUCCCUCAAGUACUUAUAUGAAAACCGGGUCGUGGCUUCUGAUGGGAUCAAAAACAUUGUAUCAAGAGUUUGUCUGAAAGCACUAAAGGAUCUCAUGGAAAUGGCCAUCCACAUUAACACCCAACAACACUUGGUUCAAAGUGAAAUGGCACAUAUCAACUGCUUCCUUGGUGAUUUGUCGUCUCAAUCUGGUGGGGUGCCUCGACGAAUGCCAACCAUCAAGGCACCAAAAGGAAAGAGGACAAUGUUUGCUACCUUCUCCAAGGGUAUCCCAGUUUGCGAAGGGGAGAUCCGUCUGUUCUUCGAAGAGAUGUUUGGAGACUGCAUCGAUUCCAUCUCCAUGCAGGUAGUCAAGCCCAACGAGCAGCCACUCUUCGCCCUUGUUGUCUUCACCACUCCAGGAAUAAUCGACUUCAUCCUCAAUGGCACUGCAAAAGCAAAAUUCUCCAUUAAUGGAAAACCGGUUUGGAUGCGCAAAUUUCUCCCAAAAUCAUAAGCCCUAUCUCUCUCAUGUCCUCAACCAUUUACCGUGGGAGCGUUUCGUUUUUACCCUUUUGUCGUGUUUUACUUUUUACUGUGCGAAGCCCGAUCAUCGUUGCACUUUCUCGUUUCGGUUUCUAGCUUGCAAUUAAGCCCCGUGUAUGGUUGUCAUU